AUGGCUGCUGACAUACUGACCCAGCCAGAGCAGAGGACUGCCUGUGUGAGAACUUUGGAAAGGUCAGAGAAAGAGCUGGGAGCUGCAUGCAUCAGGAUUCAGGCAGAAGCCAGGAGUGGCCAGCAGGAUCUGGAUGACCGGGAAGAAGACCUUGAAGUUCAGCCCUGGUUGCCUGGUUGUACCAAGGUGCUGAGUGUGCUUGUUUGCUGCCUUCCCCUGGGACAGUUUGGGAUCCAAGAGGGAGAGAUGGAGUUGUCUAUUGUUGGUGGAGGAAGUGUCUUGGACUCUCAAGGACCCCACCCUGUUGGCUUCAUUUCCCAGCCACCCCUUAGGACUUGGAAGUGGGGCUGGAACAAUGUGAGGAGGCUAGAGAUGGCAUGGGUUCAGCGGCCACCAGAGAAGACUAUAAGUGGGGAGCCUUUUAAUGUGACCUAUGCUGUCUUUGCUUCAGAUGACUUUUAUGAAUAUGCUAUCAGAAAUGGAAUCCUUUCCCACAGCAAUGCAACUGCUGCAAAGAAAUUCUGUGAAGAUGUAGAGUGCCCUGCCAACGGGAAAGAAGCAAAUGGAGAGAACUGCUGUGUCCACCAUGCCAACAUUCAUUCUUGUCCUCUGGCUUUCCUGCAGAAAGGUAGAAUAUGUGGCCCAUGGAUCUCUGAUGAUGGACAGAUAUUCACUCACACCCUAUCUACUGCUGGCAAAAUGACACAGAGAAACUGGACAGCCAAGGUUGUGUUUGUCCAUGUUGGUGUGAUUGGAAGCCCAAACCAUAGUACUACCUGCAACGGUGAUGGAAAGAUUGUGGCCAUCAAGAAAAUAACAAAGAAGACAUUUACACUCUCCAAGAUGAUACAUAAAGAAGUGAAACAAGUUAAAGAACUGGAUCGUCCAAAUAUUUGUAAAUUCACUGGAGGCUGCAUUGAAGAGCCUAACAUUGUCAUUGUGACUGAAUACUCUCCAAAAGGAAGUUUGAAUGAUGUUCUGCUCAAUGAGGACAUUCCUAUCAACUGGGCGUUCAGGUUUUCUUUUGCUACAGACAUUGCCCAGGGAAUGGCUUAUCUUCAUCAGCACAAAAUAUUCCAUGGACGUCUGAAAUCUACUGACUGUGUUAAAGAUGACUGAGGGGUAUGCAAAAUUUCAGAUUUUGGAUUAAAGUCAUACCAAGAGGAAGAUUUGUCUGAAGGUUUUAGUUCAUAUCAACAGCACCUGAGGCAGAUGUAUAUGGCUCCAGAAGCUCAUUUAGUGCCAAAAUGGGAACCAUCUGCAUUGGGAGAUGUAUACAGCUAUGCCAUCAUUUUAUUAGAGAUUGCCACAAGAAAUGACCCUGUGCAGAGAGAAGAGUCUUACUCAAUGGAGUAUGCCUUAUGCCUUCCUCUACAAGAAUUAGUUAUUGACAAGUCAGAAAAUUCCUGCCCUUGCCCCUCAGAAUAUGUGGAGCCAAUCAGAAAGUGCAAGAAAAAUACCCCAUCUCAAAGACCAAAAUUUGAACAAAUCAAGAAGCUUCUGUACAAAAUGAAUCCCAACAAAGUUAGUGCAGUGGACAUGAUGAUGACUUUGAUGGAAAGGUACAGUAAACACCCAGAAGUGCUGGUGGUUGAAAGAACCCAAGAUCUAAUGCAUGAAAAACAAAAUACUGAUCCUUUGCUGUAUAGCAUGUUACCCAAACAAGUUGCAGAUGACCUAAGACAAGGCAAACCCUGACAAGCCCAAAGUUACUUAAGUGCAACCAUCUUUUUCAGUGAUAUUGUUAGCUUCACUCAGCUAUCUAGUACCAGCACACCAUAUCAAGUGGUAGACUUCCUCAAUAAGCUGUAUACUAACUUUGAUGAGAUUAUAGAUAGCUAUGAUGUCUACAAAGUGGAAAUGAUAGGAGAUGCAUACAUGGUGGUAGCAGGAAUGCCCAAAAUGAAUGCCAUUCUUCAUGCUGGUCAAAUAGCUAGCAUGGCACUGGAUCUGGUGGCUGUGUGCAAAACAUUUAACAUUCCCCACAAACCCAAUGUCCAGCUGACAAUACAUGCUGGGAUCCAUUCAGGUUUAAAAAAAUCAAUGUUGUCCGAGCAGGGAGAGUCUGAGAGGCCGAGGGCACGAAUCUGUGGGCUCGGAGAGUGCUCGGGUUACACUGAAGCUCAUGGGGUGGAGGUGAUCUUAUCACUGGAGGUUACCUCCUUACCUGGGGCUGCUCUAGAACAUGGGCAGGCUCAGCCACUGGUGGACACUUUUCAGCUGUGCAAGUGGUGGCUCUCCAUGCUGGUGUCUGCCAGUUCCCCUGUCUGCCCUUGUCUGCUCCACCACCAGGGGGCUCAGGAUGUCCUACUGAUUUGCUCAGCCCACAGGUGGUGUUUAGCACGUGGUGACGUGGGAGCUUGGGAGAGAGCAUGCGUGUACCAAGAAGGCUUGGAGACCCUUCAUUCUGAGCAGCACAUGUGUGCCGAGGUGGGGUUUGGAGAGCCCAUGUGCUCAGUUAUCAGCCCAAGGGGGAAAGGAACACUGCUCACCUAUUGGUUAAAAGGAAAGAAGUCUACUGCAACUCUAGAGGGAAACUCCAACACCAUUGCCAACAUUCAAGACCCAGAAACGAACACUCUUAACAUUAUUCUGGGAGCCUUAACUGUUGAGUCCCUCUCCAGCCCAGCUUAA